GUCUUGACUGGUCUUGACCGAAUCCUGACAAUAAACAGUGCUCAAAGGAUUAAAGUUUACACGUGCUCUUUUACGUCAGACAUUUAUUUAAUGAGUAUAUUCAAAUUUGCAUCGUUGUAAAAUUAAUUUUGAGCGGGAUGUUUUCCAAACCGUUCAGAGUAAAAUCCAACAGUCAACUCAAAGGCUCCGAAAGAAAAAAAUUAUACGAAGAAUUAGGAAAGGCAUUCCCGAAUCUUACGGAGGAGGACAUACAAAAUAUACUACCCAAAAAGGAAGCUUUAAAUGUCAUCAAAAUUGUUACUCACAAUGGCCAAUUAUGUAGACUGUACUGCAUUGCCAGGGUACCGAUGUUCUUUCAACUCGAUUCCUCAGUACCAGGAUUCUUCCCAACUGUCUACACGUUGUGGCAUCACCCAAAUUUGCUAUAUAGUUAUACUACGCAUUCUUCCGUAAUACCAAAGCUUGCUGCUGGCGCUGACUUAAUGUUACCAGGAGUAGUUCUGAAUGGACCUCCGACAUUAUAUUCAUAUGGAAAAAUAGCCCGAGGAGCACCAGUUUCCGUAAACACGGAAGAUAACAAAGCAUCCAUUGCGGUUGGAGUAACAACUUUGACUAGCGAAGAUAUGUACAUGUCCGGUGGUCAUGGAAAGUGUGUACAAAUAUUUCAUGUACUCGGUGACAGUCUUUGUCAAUUUGGAAAAUCUGUAACUAGACCUGACCUUGGUUCCCCGUUUGAAUCUAAUGGAGAAAAUGUAUCUUCAGAAGAGUCGAGUAAAGCCAGUAACGACGAAUUAGCCGAAACAACUUGUUCCCGGCUAAAUAGAAUAGAUAUUAACAACGAGGUGAAUGCUGACAAAACAAGCGAAGCAGAGGUUGAGGACAAGUCGGAAGAUAUUCAACAAGACGAAACAAAGAUCGUAUCACCGGUACAAAUAGAAGUAGUCGAUCCCAUUCAAGAAAUGGAUAAUUUAUUAGAAUACUGUUUCUUGAAAGCUUGUAAGACUACCAUUAAGAGAAGUGACAUGCCCAUGCUUACUUCUAAUUUCUUCAAGAAUCACCUAUUGGCCGCGUGUCCUCCUGGACGGAACGUAGACAUAAAGAAAACCAGUUACAAAAAAUUAUCUGUCUUUUUGGCCAGUAUGAGUUCCAAAGGGAUAAUCCACACCACUGUGAUUAAAGGAGUGGAAAGUAUUUUGUCUAUUAAGGCGAAUCAUCCACUGUUGAAAAAGCUCGUAAUUAAGGAAGAGAUACCUAUCCCACCACCAGUUGUCUCAAAUGCUCCGAUUAUUUCUGAAUGUUACAAAGUGACAACGGACGUCUUUCCCAUACUAUCCAAAUAUGGCUUUGAAAAGGGAGAUACACUGAAAAGAGCAGAAGCUAGGAGGUACUUCACCGAGUACGUAAAAGAGGAGAACCUUCAAAAUGGAAAGAUUUUAAAACUGAACCCUCGGUUAGCUGGGAUGUUUCGCACAAAGGAGCAUCAAGAGACUCUGACAAUGGAAGAUGCGAUAAACAAAUUCAUUGGCCGCAUGGCUCGAACUUUUGAAAUUACCGUAGCCGGUGUUACGGUAUUACGCGCAGGGAAAGUGGACCCGAUCGACAUCACGGUGGCAUCUCGUUCAGGCAAUAAAAAGGUAACGUUGGUGAACAAUUUGGAGACAUUUGGCAUAAAGCUGGACGAGUUUAGCAAAGAGUGCCAAGGCAUAGGAGCAAGUGCAACGAUUACGGACGUUCCGGGAAAAAAAACGCCUAGUGUUCUCGUUCAAGGAAAUCAAGUCUUGUACGUUUACAAGCUCCUAACGGAGAAGUACCAAAUGCAUCACAGCUAUAUCCGAGGGUUGGAAUACGCACCGAAACAGAAAAAGUAACCAACCCGUCUUUGCGGGCGGGCAAGUAAAUUCUCGUUGCAUCGUCCGUACCGUAUCCACGCGAUCUUGGAAAAGUCCACGAUCGGAUUUUACGACAAAGAGGAGACGCUGGGUCUCCGUCGAGACACGAGGACAAAGGACAGGUUGCGAGUCCGAGUCAUGUAAUAUCUCUAAUAAAAAGUUUCAAUUGAGAAUA